GGCCCGGCCACAAUGUGGUCAUAUGCGUCAGCCCGCGAAAUUUCUGAGGGAAGAAACAAGCAGUAACCCAAUCCGCAUCCAAAUUGAACUUCCCAAUCACUACAUCUACGCGCACGCGGAUUUGAUUAUUCAAAUUUCCUUCAUCAAAUGUAAUUAAAUUUUCAAAAUUGUCAGGCCUGACUACAAAUAAUAAUUUCUCAAUCUCUAACACGGAGUAUAUCUGACUCUGCAAGUGUACAUUAUAUAUGUAUAUAUGGUCGAGGAGGAAUUUGAAAACCUCCAUUGUCAGGAGUCAUAAUUCACUUUUUCCAGUGCGUAUGGGUAGAGUCACAGUUGGAUAUCCAGCCGAUUAACCGAAUUUCGACUCUGAAAUUUUGGGUGUAUAGGGAAGCAUUUCUGGAUAAGAAAAGCAUCCUUUUUAUUUUCGGACAGGUUGGGCAGAAGACAGCGGACCUUGGCGAACAAUAUGAAGUUGCCCUUCUGCGAUUGUUGCCUUAAAAGCAAGGGUGCAGCUGUGAGUAGCAUGGAAUCUGAGAAGGUUUUGAUGGAGUACUACAUUCCUGAUUACAUGCUUUUAUCUGAAAUAGAAGCAACAACGUCCUACGAAGUACCUGCUUGCCCCAUCAUAGUGUUUAUCAAUUCUAGAAGUGGUGGCCAACUUGGGGGUGAACUUCUAUUGACGUAUCGUAGACUUCUCAACGAAAAUCAGGUUUAUGAUUUGGGAGAAAGAUCUCCUGACAAAGUGCUACACCAGAUUUACUCUAACUUGGAAAAGCAUAAAAGGAAUGGGGAUGACAUGUCGUUUGAAAUCGAGAACAGACUGAGAAUCAUUGUUGCAGGUGGUGAUGGAACAGCUGGCUGGCUUCUUGGGGUGAUUUCAGAUCUUAAAUUAGCAUGUCCACCACCAAUUGCAACAGUACCUUUAGGAACAGGAAACAAUCUCCCAUUUGCAUUUGGCUGGGGGAAAAAGAAUCCCGGUACAGAUUGCAGUUCUGUGAAACAUUUUCUGGAUCAAGUAAGAAAUGCAAAAGUGAUGAAAGUUGACAGCUGGCAUAUUCUUAUGCGAAUGAGGGCUCCUAUUGAAGGCUCUUGUGAUCCCAUUGCACCCCUUGAGCUACCACAUUCACUGCAUGCAUUUAAGCGUGUCUCUCAAGCAGAUACAUUAAAUGAGGAGGGUUACCACACAUUUAGAGGAGGAUUCUGGAACUAUUUUAGCAUGGGGAUGGAUGCACAAGUUUCUUAUGCAUUUCACAGUGAAAGGAAGCUACAUCCUGAAAAUUUUAAAAACCAAUUAGUUAAUCAGACUAGCUACGCAAAGCUUGGCUGUACUCAAGGAUGGUUUUGGGCUUCUCUUACGCAUCCAUCUUCGAAGAACAUUGCACAGCUGAGUAAGGUUAGAAUAAAGAAAAAAAACGGUGAUUGGGUUGAUCUCGAGAUACCUAGAAGUAUCAGGUCGAUUGUCUGCCUCAACCUGCCCAGCUUUUCUGGUGGUUUCAAUCCUUGGGGAACUCCUAAUAAGAAAAAGCUCCACGAGAGGGACUUGACUCCUCCCUAUGUUGAUGAUGGGCUGAUUGAGGUGGUUGGGUUUCGGGAUGCUUGGCAUGGCCUCGUUUUGCUUGCACCAAGGGGGCAUGGGAGACGACUUGCACAAGCACAUGGAAUUCGGUUUGAGUUCCAAAAAGGUGCUGCAGACCACACAUUUAUGAGGAUUGAUGGGGAGCCAUGGAAACAACCCCUUCCUUUAGAUGAUGAAACUGUUGUGGUGGAGAUUUCUCAUUUGGGACAGGUAAACAUGCUGGCUGCUCCCAGCUGCCGGUCUAGGAGUGUUCUUGCACCCCCACCCCACACUCUUGACGACUCUGGCGAUGAUGAUAAUGAUUAUGAAGAGGAGGAUGAGUCUGAUGAGAGGAGAAAGUUUGGUGCAGCCACUACUUUUCGCAUGCAGGAUGAUGAUCUAGAUGAUGAUGAUGAUGAUAUGGGAAAACACAAUAUGCAUAUAACAUGAACUGUGCAUUUUGCAGCCAAUUUCUCGCCCUCUCAAUUAUUCCAAUUCCUUUAAUUUUUUCGUCCAACAUUUCAUGGCCUAGCUUGCUGAUGGAUUAAACCGGAGUUACCAUUCACUAUGAUUGGUAAUUCGGCUGCUAAUAAUCAAUUAAUAUUGGUGCUGUGUAUUUAAUAGGUUUGUAGUCGUAACUAAAAUAGUUAGCCAGCUUUGUACAGCAGCUUAACUUCACACAUGUAAGAAUUGAUAUCCAAUGGUUGGAAUGUGUUUCACUUUUUGUACGUAGUAUAAUUUUUUGUAGUUGAAGAUCAUAGUUUGAAAUUGUAAUCAUUCAUAAGUCAAAACACUUCCUGAUAUUUGAUGAAUAAAAUGUGAUGUGCAUAUCCAGUUCAUUAUUUAAUUGCUCC